CUAAAAAAAAAUUAUGUAUUUGCUGUAAUAGAAAACAUGUAUAAACCAAUAAAGUAUGUUACAGAUAAAUUUAUGCCAUAUUCUCUAUCAGGAUAUGAUCAUCUUAGUGCUGGAAGCCAAACCACAUUCACAACUUUAGAGUGGGCAAUGUCAGAAUUGAUUAAAAACCCUCAAGUGAUGGAGAAAGCACAAGCUGAAGUAAGAAGUGUCUACAAAGAAAAAGGGUAUGUCGAUGAAUCAAGUCUUCACAAGCUCAAAUACUUGAAAUCAAUUAUCAAAGAAACAUUCCGUUUACACGCACCAAGUCCAUUGCUACUUCCAAGGCAAUGCAGUGAAAAAUGUGAAAUUAAUGGAUAUGAAAUACCUGCAAAAAGCAAGGUCAUUGUUAAUUCAUGUUCAAUAUGUAGAGAUUCAAGAUAUUGGAUUGAAGCAGAGAAAUUUUAUCCUGAAAGAUUAAUUGAUUGUUCAGUUGAUUACAAAGGUGUGGAUUUUGAGUUUAUACCAUUUGGUGCUGGGAGAAGGAUAUGUCCUGGAAUAAUAUUUGGUAUUGCUAACAUAGAAAUCUCGCUUGCGAAUUUGCUUUUCCAUUUUGAUUGGAAGAUGCCUAAUGGGAACAAUGCUGAUGAACUUGACAUGAUUGAAUCUUUUGGUUUGGCUGUUAGAAGAAAACAUGAUUUGUGGUUGGUUCCUACCACUUAUCACUCUUAAGGAAAUAUUCUCAAAGAAAAUUGUAAUAGCAGUGUUAAAGUUCCUAUUUAAGAGUUCUUUAAUGGAAGAAGCUCUUGUGUUGAGUCCCUGUGAAUUAUACCACUGGUUGUUAUUAUUUGUUAAAAAUACCUAAGAAUGCUCUCAAAAUGUAGGCAUCUAAUGUAAUGAUUUGCCUUUCUGCCAUAGUUAUAUGUGGUUUUCAAUACCUUCGAUGAAUUUCUUAAACAAGUUUAGAAUUUACUCCAUUUCCAUCCUUAUGUCAUUUCUAAGGACAUCCUAAAAGUGGUGUUUGCUUAAUAAACACCAAAUCUUAUAUGGCUCAUUUGAGGGUAACGAUAGGAGAGACAUCAUAGAAUAAAUUAUCAUAUCCGAUUCCGAUCUUAAUUUAUGGUUUUGUGAGCAAGUGAGCUAUGAUAAUCAAGGUGCAAUAAGAGAAAAUACAUUUGUAAAACAAAAUUUAAUGCAAGAUCAAGUUUGUGUUUGAAUACAAUGUUUUCUCAAAUGAUUACUCUCAACAAGAGAGGAUAUAAAAAUAAGCUCAUAAGUUCAUAACUAUUCCAUGUUAACUCUCACAAAGAAAAUAUAAAAACUUCAAUUUGGAAGUUAGGCCUAUAUAUAACUAUUCUCAACAGAGAGGAUAUAAAAAUGAAGUAUUGUUUUCAAUGGCAUUUCGGCUUGUGUUCAUCUUGAUUGAUGCCAAAUAGUUUCU